CCGAACUGAAAUAACAGCUGCAGAUUCCAUGGCUACACCUUUGCUACCCAAAACCAUCCCUCCAUCCCUCAAAAACCCGCCUUCACUUCCAUCUGCCCACCGCACCUGUAUCCCCAAACCUCUGUUCUUUAGCUCUAUAGAUCCUCCUCCACGCACCAAAACACCAAAUUUCCAAACCUUUGCAAAGAAGAAGAACCAAUGGCUCGACCCUUUUGACUAUGGAGAUGACCCCAACAUGGAAUAUGGCUCUUUAUUCGCUGAUGGUAAGCAGGAGGAGGAUCCAAGACCUCCGGAUAACCCAGAUAAUCCCUAUGGUUUCUUAAAAUUUCCCAUGGGGUUCAAUGUGGAGGUGGCAUCAUUGCCAUUGAAAAUAAGAGGUGAUGUUAGGAGGUGCUGCUGUGUAAUUUCUGGGGGUGUCUAUGAGAAUCUGUUGUUUUUUCCUGCUAUUCAGUUGAUCAAGGACAGGUAUCCUGGUGUUCAAGUGGAUAUAUUGGCAUCCGCUAGAGGGAAGCAAACUUACGAGUUGAACAAGAAUGUGAGAUGGGCUAAUGCUUAUGAUCCUGAUGAUAAUUGGCCAGAACCGGCCGAUUACACUGACAUGAUUGGAGUUCUAAAGAAUAGGUACUAUGACAUGAUUUUGUCAACCAAAUUAGCUGGAAUCGGUCAUGCAGCAUUUUUGUUGAUGACAUCAGCUCGGGAUAGAGUCAGCUACAUUUACCCAAAUGUGAAUGCAGCAGGAGCGGGGUUGCUUCUAUCAGAAACCUUUACACCAGAUAGUUUGAAUCUUUCAGAAGGGGGAUAUAAUAUGUACUGUCAGAUGGUUGAGUGGCUGGGGAGACCAUUUCGCAGCGUCCCAAGGCAACCUGUGCCCCCAUUGCGAGUUUCUAUUUCAAGGAAGCUGAAGGAGGUUGUAGCAGAAAAAUAUCAGAAAGCUGGUGCGGAGAAAGGAAAAUAUAUUGUAAUUCAUGGAAUAGAAUCAGAUUCUAAGGCUUCAAUGCAUUCCAGAGGUGAUACUGAUUGCUUGCUUCCUAUUGAAGUAUGGGCUGAAAUAGCUGAGGGUAUAAGUGGAAUUAGGCCAGUCUUUGUCAUUCCACAUGAGAAAGAAAGAGAAAACGUAGAGGAUGUAGUGGGGGAAGAUGCAAGUAUUGUGUUCAUCACUACCCCUGGACAGCUUGCUGCUUUCAUUAAUGACUCAGCUGGGGUGAUCGCUACAAACACAGCAGCUAUCCAACUUGCAAAUGCACGUGAAAAACCAAGCAUCGGUUUGUUUUGCUCUAAACAGAAGGCAGACAUAUUUGUCCCUAAUGCUGAAGAGAAGAAAUGUACCAUUAUUUCAUCAAAGACUGGAAAGUUGAUAGAUAUUGAUGUUGGGGCUGUUAAACAAGCAAUGCAAAUAUUUGAUGUUUCCCUAGCUCUAGUGUAGUUAGAAGGUAUCACCAAUAUCAUUCUUUUCCCAUUGUCUUUCAAUCCUUUGUUUCUUGUUUUUCAGUUUCUGACCUAAUUUGUUUCUCUAUAGUUGCAUAUUCAUAAGUGAGUCGAUAAUAAGUCGACAUAUUCAUG